UUCACCAAUAAAUAAAUGCAUCUCUAUCAGUUCAGAAGAGAAGACAAGCAUCAAAUCACCAGGAGAGCCGUAAAGUCUGAGUUUAUUAAAGAGGACAGAGAGAAGAUGAGAGAUCAAGAAGCCUCAACCCUCAGAAUCAAACACACUGAAGAUACUGAACAAACAGAGCUGAUUGAAGAGAACCAGGAGAGUGAAGAAUUGAGGGAAGUUGAGGAGAAAACUCAUUUCAAAACCAGAGAAAAACUUUUGAGUUGCCCUCAGACCAAACAGAAAGAUUUAAAGAAAAGAAGAGCCAAGAAAUCUUUCACCUGCACUCAGUGUUCAAAGAGUUUCACACGCAAAAAUAAUCUUGAUAUUCACAUGAGAGUUCACACUGGAGAGAGACCAUACACAUGUGAUCAAUGUGGGAAGAGUUUCACACAAUCAGCAACACUUAAGGGUCACAUGAACAUCCACACUGGAGAGAAACCGUUCAUAUGUGAUCAGUGCGGGAAGAGUUUCUCUCGAAAAGAAGUCCUUGCAGAGCACAUGAACAUCCACACUGGAGAGAAACCGUACACGUGUGAUCAAUGUGGGAAGAGUUUCACACAAUCAUCAAACCUUAAGAGUCACAUGAAGAUCCACACUCGAGAUAAACUGUACUCGUGUGAUCAGUGCGGGCAAACAUUUUUGUGGGCUUCAGUCCUAAAGCAGCACCUUAGAGUUCAUACACAGGAGAAGCCACAUUCAUGUGAUUUGUGUGGAAAGAGUUUUUCGCAGCUACAAACCUUGAAACAACAUCAGAAACUUCAUACUGGUGUAAAAGAGUACAUGUGCUUUGAGUGUGAAAAGACUUUUAUUUCAGCGGGCCGUUUAAAACUGCAUGAGAGGAUUCACACUGGAGAGAAACCUUACAAGUGUUCACAGUGUGACAAGAGAUUCAGUCGGUCAGGAAACCUGAAAACACAUGAGAGGAUCCACACUGGAGAAAAACCUUACAAGUGUUUACACUGUGACAAGAGAUUCACUCAUGCAGGAAGUCUGAAAACACAUGAGAUGAUUCACACUGGAGAGAAACCAUACAAGUGUUCACACUGUGACAAGAGAUUCACUCAUGCAGGAAGUCUGAAAACACAUGAGAGGAUCCACACUGGAGAGAAACCGUAUCACUGCACUGCAUGUGGGAAGUGUUUCAAUCGUUCAUCUGCUCUACACAGUCAUACAAAAACCAUUCACAGUGGCAAGGAUUGCCGUGCAGAUGCAGCUGCGCUGUAGGAUGGAGGCAGCGGUGCUGGCUAAAUCUGGUGCUGUUGUGGCAUUUCUCUAAAGGGGUGAAGCCAGGAGUCCAGAUCAAAGUCUAAGGGAAAAAAGAGAAGAAUUCUGAAUAAUAUGAUCUGUUCUUUUAUCUUCACAUGCUACAGAACUAUAAUUUUAGUUCAUUCCUAAAUGACAUUGAAAUGUAUUUCUCUGCGUUCUGCUGCUUCAUGCCUGUUAUUUAAUAAAAAUAAAAAUUUCUAUGUUCCUUUGACUU